AUGGAAGGCCCCACGACAGUCUCCAGGCUGAUAUUUCCGAGCAUCUUAUCGCCCAUACACAAGUACAAGAGGCGGACUGCCGUUGCUGCGAGUCAGUCAGCCUCAAAUCAGGCACCCCAAGCAAACGUCGACCCGGAACAAUCAGCCUCUGGCCAGCCAUCCUCACCAUCUAUGCCAGAACCUCCUUCAGCAAUCCAUGGCUCGGCUCAAGAGGGAUAUCUCCCUCCUUCCGCCCCGAAGCUCCAGAAAGUGAGCCUCCAUAGCGGUUCCUCGUCCGAGUCCUCUCUGACCGACCCGUCUGGGGUGUCGGAGGACGACGAGGACGACGAAGGAUACGACGACUCAAUCGAACCCGACAUCCUUCAGAUAUCCUUCGGCUUGCCACAUACUACCUCCCGAAAGCCUGCGCAGUGGCCGGAGGCAGUCCUCUCAAUGUACGGGAAAGACGGCAAGCCGGCCAUGGUUGCGGAGAACUUUGAGAUCACAUCUUCUCGGCCGCUGGACCGGGUGAUUGAGGAUCUUUGGGAUGGACCAAAACGACUGAUCGUCAACUUCUACCUAGAGGAAGCGUUUCGUGCGGAGGGAAACGCCGUGGAUGGCGAUGUAAUUCAUCGAGACAUCGAGCAGUGUCUCAGGACUCUCCAGCCUCUGCUCGCAGAGUGGGAGUUCGGGUUUACCAGCGAGGAAGAGGAUGAGCUAGAGGUUUGGGACAGCCUGGUCAAGUCGACACGCAACGUCCGUUUGCUCGCGAAGUUCAUGUCCAUAGCGAAGGAUGCCGGUUUCAAACCUCGAGAGGGGUACCCAGGUCAGGACCGAGCUGGUCGAUGGUGGCAAGGCGAGCAGUUUAUGGUGAUCAGGUUUGUGAUUGAGUGUCAAGGUUGA